UGACGCAUCAAAGAAGCAAGAAGUGGAGCAGCGCUAGUUCAUAAUUUAAAAAAAUAAAAAAAAAACAGCCAACUCUUCUUAGUACCAUAUACCUUUUAAAACACAGUGGCAAGUAAUAAGCGGAAGAGAAUGUUUCUGUCUCUUUCUACGUUGACUGUUCUUAUUCCACUGGUUUCUUUAGCAGGACUGUUCCACUCAGCCUCUGUAGAAGAAAACUUCCCACAGGGCGGCACUUGCACAGCUAGCCUUUGCUUUUACAGCCUGCUCUUGCCUAUUACCAUACCGGUGUAUGUAUUCUUCCACCUUUGGACCUGGAUGGUUAUUAAACUCUUCAUGCAUAACUGAUGCAACUAGAGUCAAUAUGCUGUAUAUAUUAAUGAUAGCUCUUGGGCAUCUAUCUCUGAAAGCUCAAAUGGAUGGAAUUUAGU